GCUUCCCCGUGUACAACCCCGACCUGCUCGCUCGGCUGGAGCAAGGGGAGGAGGUUUGGAUCCCCGACAUCCAGAGCUCGGAGGAGGAAGAGGAGGAACAACUGGCGAGACCCCUCUUGAAGUUGUGGACGAGGAAAAGGAAACGGUGGAGAAGCUGCCAAGAUGCUGGGAGCUCCUCCGGUUCCGACUCCUUUCACUCAGACGAUGAGUGGACGAGCGAGACGGAGGAGGACAGUUCCCAGGAGGACGACGGAGACCUGCGCGCUGGGUCAGCGAGGAAACCCAAAGGUGGCAUCUCGUUGGGUUACGAGCACCACAAAAACCACUCGGGAAGGAGAUCGGCUUCUUCCAGCCACAACGGGAGAAGACCUAACACCAAGAGCACGUCAAGAAUUCAACUGGGGCAACACAAACACACCUGCAACGCGUGUGGGAAAAGCUUCAGCAGUGAUUCAUCCCUCAACCGGCACCAGAAGAUCCAUCUUGGGGAGAAACCCUUCACUUGCUGCAACUGCAAGAGAAGUUUCAUGUGCAGCUCCACUCUGAAGGACCAUCAGAAGACCCAUUGCCAGAGGAAACCCUACAAAUGCCCCAGCUGCGAGAAACGUUUCGCUUCCACCAAAUCUCUCAAAAAACAUCGCCAGCUUCAUCUGGAGAACGGGCCGUACCGAUGUUCCGAGUGCGGGAAAAACCUGACUUCCAACUCAGCUCUUAUCAUCCACCGCAGGAUACACACCGGGGAGAGACCCUACCAGUGCCCCGACUGCGGGAAGAGCUUCAUGGCCAACAAGUCCCUCAACAAACAUCGCAAGAGCCACACGGAAGGAGCCAUCUUCGUCUGUCCGGAUUGCGGGAAAAAACUCAAUUCCAAGUCCACCCUCAUCAUCCACCGGCGAAUACACACGGGGGAAAGACCCUACGAGUGCCCCGACUGUGGGAAAAGCUUCAUGGCCAACAAAUCGCUCAGCAAACAUCGCAAGAGUCAUAUGGAGGAAGGCACCUAUAAGUGUCCCGAGUGCGGGGAAAUCUUCUCAAAAAACUCAGCCUUCGUCGCCCAUCUCAGGAUCCACAGGAACCAGCCCCCGUAUCCGUGCUCCGACUGCCGGGAAGCCUUCUUUGAAAGCUCAUCCUUCAAACAACACCGGAAAAAACACUUGGUGGAGAAACCCUACCAGUGCUCCAACUGCGGGAUCGGCUUCACCGUCCACUCGGCUCUCCUCCUCCAUCAGAAGACCCACAUAGGACCCAGACCCUACGUCUGCUCCGACUGCGGGAAAGCUUUUCGGGAGAACACCACCCUUCGUAGGCACCAGCGUAUCCAUACGGGUGAGAAACCCUACCAGUGCUCCUACUGUGAGAAGAGCUUUCGAGCCAGCUCCACCCUCAUCAUCCACCAAAGGAUCCACACCGGGGAGAAACCCUAUAAAUGCACCAAAUGCACCAAAUGCUUCAUGUCCAGCUCUUCCCUCAUGAAGCAUCUGCGGACGCAUCUCCGUAAGGAGCUGCUGGUGGGUUCCAGUCAAUGA